AAGAUAUAGAUAGAAGAAUAGAAGAUAGAAAUAUAUAAAUAGAAGAAGAGUAAGAUAGUAGCAAUAUCCGUUUCUAUACCUAUGUAAAACCACACCAUUACGAAUAAACGGUGCGAGUUAUGCGUGAGUCGAAAAGUGGGGAUUAGGUGGUCCUAGCGGCCUACCCUCUUUGCCCCGUUCCCGUCCCGCUAGUUUUCUCUCGUACUCUGGACAGUACGUCAUGUGAUCUUUUGUUAAAACGACGAUUGGGGAGGAACUUUUAUAUCAGAAGUUGAGAAAAGAACUAUCUCAGAAUGUCUGCAAAUGGAUUUGCGUGCUGUAAUAAUAGGAAGGGAAACUACGUGUCUUGAAUCUACAUACACCCGAAUAUCGCUCGUUUUUAUAUUUUAUUGAUGGUAAUUCCUGCCAUACGGUAGUGAUUGUUCGUUGUACCUCAAAAAAUUUGGGUGUUUCUGUUGUACGAGUCUGUUAAAUAGAUAGUCUUCAAUUUUAUUUUCUCCUUCUGGUCGUAUGUUCUUUCUGCCCGAGUUAUUGCAUUUUAUCCAAUCAAUUAUUGUUCAAAUUUUAACAAGUCAUAUCAGGCAAAUGGAUCAUCGUACAGAAAUGAGGAAAAAAGCAUUUUGAAAGUCAAAAAUCAACAAUUUCAGACUGUCCGAUCUCAAUAUACAAGGUGCGAUCAUUAAGUUCCGGGAUUGUGUCUGCUAUGACCAAACGGAUCACACGAUUGACUUGCGCUCGCAGGACAUAUGAAUAUCAAUCUUCGAGACAUAUGACACGAAGUUUGGAAGCGAUAUCUUCAUUGAAUCCUGUGUUAUACAAAUUUAUGUUAGCAUACGCGCGCUCUCCUUUGUGAAAUUACGAUGGACUCUAAAUUGAAACAAAGGGACAAAAAAAAAAGUGGAACAUGGUCGUCCUUCCUCACCCUCCAUAUUCACCAUAUUUGGAACCCUGUGAUUUCUUUUUGUUUCUCAAAAUCAAAUUAAAGCUCAGGAGGCGCCGAUUUGACACGGUGGACGAGAUUCAAUGCGAAUCGCAGCAGGUGCUUAACACACUUCGACAAGAAGACUUCUAGGAAGCUUUCCAAAAAUGGCAGAGGCGCUGGAAUCGGUGCAUAGCUGCCCAAGGGGUGUACUUUGAAGGGGAUAGUAGCCAAAUUUGAAACAGUGUAUUGGAAUAUUACUUACAAGAUAACUUUAAUGGAUUUUUUUGAAGCAGUUUAAGCAAAAAGAAUAAGCAAUACGCCCUUAUUAAUAGCGCGUAGCCUGGCCGGGAUUUCUUCAUAAGUACGCGAGGCAGCUAGCAUGCUGAAAUACGAAGAUAAAGACAAUAUGUCCGAACGAUAAAACAAUUUCAACUAUUUAGAGAUCUGAAGUAAAUGUUUUAACGUUAUUAUAUAAUUGGAAUACAGCAAUGAAGAUAUUGGGUAUAAAGUUUGCACCGUUGAAUGUGCCGCUAAAACGGAGACUGGAAACGCUAUCAGUCACGCUAUGGUACUUUACACUGGCUUUUGGACCAUCGCUUGGUUUUAUUAUUACUGGCUAUCUCCUCUUUUUUACCACGACUAUACGUUACUACGUUUUGCUGUAUUUUCUGUGGAUGUACUAUGACUGGGACACGUGCAACAAGGGCGGUAGGAGUACGAAAUUGACGAAUAUGGUGGCAAAAUCCCGAUGGAUCCAGCACGUUUUCGAUUUUUUUCCCGUGACGUUGGUUAAAACCACCGAUUUAGACCCGAAUAGAAAUUACCUACUCUGCAGUUUCCCUCACGGGAUAAUACCUGCAGGAGCAGCGGGUUCUUUUCAGUCUGAAAGUCGAGGUGCUAAGACAUUGUUUCCCGGUUUGCAACUUAACAUUAUCGUGCAGUAUCAAGUGUUCAAGAGUCCCAUCUUUCGCGAGAUCGCUCUCGCCAUGGGUUUCAUCAGCAGCAGUGAAGAAAGCCUAGACUAUCAGUUGUCGACGAAACCUAAAACGCCAUUCACUGGAAGAAUAUCUGUUCUCAUCGUCGGUGGAGCAGGGGAAGCAAUGGAAUGUUCGCCAGGAACAAAUCGUGUUCUCGUAAACCAAAGAAAAGGAUUUGUGAGAGUGGCACUGAAACAUGGGAAAUAACUUUUAAUGCAGAACUACGAUAUUUAUGCAAAGGCCAGUAUCAAUUAACCUCUUAGGCACGGCUAAAUUUUACACUGAAAUUAUAAACGAUACAGCACUACAAUGUGACUACAAUCUUAUAAUUUUGGAUAUACUACCGAUUGACUUCCAUGGAAUUCAGCGCUGAAAUUUUUGUUGCGUAUGCUACUUUCCUUGGGCAUUCCAUAUCCUUUGUAAAAAUCAACGUGUUUCUAAUGGUUUGCUAGCUAUUCGUAUUUCAAUGCAUGAGUUGCUUCUAUUAUUGUUCAUUGAAUCAUUAAUGCAAAAACGAAAUACACAUAUCAAAACAUGACCUAACAUAACCUAACGCCAUUAAUACGUUGAGAGCGAUGCUGACUUUAUUAUGCAUUGCACUGGGCGAUAUUUAGGAUGAGGAGAAUAAACAGACGACUACUUUGUUUUACCUUAUUAUAUUUCUUUUGAACUGGGAGAAUGAUGCCGUUACAAGUAAAACUGUUUACAGACUUCAAAGGAAAGAAGGAAAGGAUUAUAUUAAUAUUAGAAUGAAUUUGAAGUGUGAACAUCUGGUUAACCAUAAGAGAUCCGUUGAUUUUGACAUCGAAUAUGGAAUACUCAUGGAAACUUGUGUAUGUAACCAAAGUUUCAACACUAAACUCGAUGGGGGACAUUUGGAAGUACAGCCAUAAUUUUUCCCAAAAACAUGAAACAUAUAUUUUAACUUUGAUAACACGUUCCUUUAGAAAUUCCACAAAAUAUGUCAAUAUUUCCAAAUAUUUCUACUUUUUUUAUAUGCAAUCUACAUAUCUGAGAUUCGUUAAUACUCUUACAAAACAUUGGGCAGGCAAAAAAGUAUAAGUCAAAACAUAUAAAUAUGAUUAUACGAUCCAUGUAGGGUGGCGUGCCUAAGACGUUAAUAUGCUUAAAAUUCGUCGGAAGUAACGUAACAGAAAUAAUCUUAAAAUAAAUGUUACCGCUCUAUCUGAUCGAUGAAGAUGCUCGUGAAUGAAACUAUUCAUAUAAUACUCAUCAAUGAACGACAAUGAGCUUUUCCUUUUGGUAAGUUUAGGACACCAUUGAUACCGUCCUUUUCGUUCAGAGAAACGGAUACAUACGACCAGGUGAAAAAUCCCUAUUUAUCGUUGGUUCAGCACUAUUUUC